UCGUUGUUGCUGGCUUUUUCAGGGGCUGCUCCCUCGCAGCCAGAGACGCUGCUUUUUUUUCCGGGUUCGGAGCCGUUCCGGAUGCUUUAGGCUGCCGGAUGUCUGAUCUCCGGAUAACUGAGGCGUUUCUGUACAUGGAUUAUCUGUGUUUUAGAGCACUCUGCUGCAAGGGACCACCACCUGCUCGACCAGAAUAUGACCUGGUUUGCAUAGGCCUCACAGGCUCUGGCAAGACCAGUCUGUUGUCAAAGCUCUGCAGUGAAAGCCCCGACAACGUCGUGUCGACCACAGGUUUUAGUAUAAAAGCAGUGCCAUUCCAGAAUGCCAUCUUGAAUGUAAAAGAACUUGGAGGAGCUGAUAAUAUCCGGAAAUACUGGAGCCGCUACUACCAAGGGUCUCAAGGGGUGAUAUUUGUAUUAGACAGUGCCUCUUCAGAAGAUGACUUAGAAACUGCUAGAAAUGAACUGCACUCAGCUCUUCAGCACCCACAGUUAUGCACUUUACCCUUUUUAAUAUUGGCCAACCAUCAAGACAAGCCAGCAGCUCGAUCAGUGCAAGAGGUCAAAAAAUAUUUUGAACUUGAACCACUUGCACGUGGAAAACGCUGGAUUCUGCAGCCCUGCUCGCUGGAUGACAUGGAUGCACUGAAAGAUAGCUUCUCUCAGCUGAUAAAUUUGUUAGAAGAAAAAGACCAUGAAGCUGUAAGAAUGUGAAUCUGGCAAAGACAACGGGUUCCCAAAAGGCCUUGAACCUAUCAUAUUAGUUUCUCAUUUUAAUUUUAUUUUGGUAUCAAGACUAUAAUGGCUUCAGUAUCUAUUUUCCACUAGUUAUUUCAGGCUCUCAUCUCUCUUAUUAAGUGAAUAUUCUGUAAAUCAGGUGAAUUAUCAUCGGCAUUAACGUCAAGUACGCACUACUGAGAGAGAAUUUAUUCUCUGUUUACCACUAAUUAUCUUCACCGCAUGUCUCUUCCUUCUGUUGUUCUAAGCGUCUCUUCUAUACUCUGCUAAAAUGGAUGGAAUUCGUGGCUCACGGAAAUUAAAUCCCUUAUGAAGGACUCAGGGAGACUCAGAACCUUGACUCAUUUUCCCUGGGUUUGGGGUAGAGUGCUGUGUGACUGGGACUUCCCGAAAUAUGUAUAUCAUUUUCAAGAUCUCUUGGGGUUUUUAUUGUAUUUUAUUAUGUCUUAUUUUAUUUUUUGGUUUUUUAUAUAUAGGCCUUAUCGAAUAUGAGAGAAAAAUGCACACCAAAAGCUUCAAUUACCUUAUAAAAAAGAAAUAUCCUGCCAUAGUAAAAUUAACUUCAAAGAACUUAAAGAUGCAUAAUGUUUCCUUGACGACAUCUGAAGUCUCACUCUCUUCUCUCUUUUAAGAGCAAAGACAUUGUUUUAAUUUUUGAGAAGAGUUAGAGGAAAUUAAGGCACAAUGCACACAUCACUGGUUACUAUGUCAUCAAGUCCUCAAAUAUUUUUUUAAUGGAAAGAUUACCCUGCAUAAAAUCAAGCUGCAACAUAAUAUAGGUAUCUUUUUCUAAAAGUCUUAAGUAUUUGAUUGAAAGAGAGAAAAUAAUUUUUAAAAUAGUAGGUAAAAUUUUUAAAAACAGCCAAAUGAAGUAUAGUUUGUACUGGCUAGGGUUUAAGCUGGCAUGGAUUUGACAAAGAUAACAAAGACAGAAUCAUCUAUAUAUUCAUUCAUUAAGUGCUAAUGUCGUUUAAUGGAGUCUGUUAAUGUCUCCAUCUAGUAAUUAAAGGUCUAUCAGUAUUUCUAUUAUAAACCUCUAUUUUCAGGGGUUUCAAUGUGCCCUUAAAAAUGUGCUGGGGCUGCAGCAAGUAAGUAAUUUUAGGGCCCAGAUUUAGUCUUUAGAACUAAUUUUUUUUUCAUUUAAUUUAAAUGAUAAAAUUACUAGAGAUAAAUGUACAGUUUUACUAAAGUUUGGCACCUGUGAUCUUUUCUAAAUCAGGAAUAAUCAAUGGAUAUUGAGGUUUAUGGAUGAAGUGCUCUUUGGCAUAUUUUGUAGAUUUUUGACCACUUAAAAUACAAAGUGGCCAAAUGUUAGAAAACUGCUCCCUUCACCUGAGCAAUAAAAACAUGUUUGUAAUUUUUAGGCAGCAUAGACUUUGUCCUGAAUAUCACAGACUCACACUCUUGCAGGGUGAUGUAACACCUUGUAAUUCUCCAGAAGAGAUACGUCAUUCAAAUACAACUUUUGUGAUUUAAUCUUGUAGCUGGCUUUUAAUGAAAUCAUUACCUUUGAAACAUCGAACACCUCGUUAAGCUUUUUUUUAAUGAAAUGGAUCAAAAAAGAUUCAUAUUCAAUUUUGUCUACAGCAUCCUUGAAUAUUUUUACACUAUGUAAUCCGUGAGCAGCACAAAACUUUUACUCCAAUGACUGGUUACACAAUUCCUGCUUUUAUUUUGUCCCGUUGUGCUCAUCUCCUAUGAAAAAUAAAUGAUUAUUAGGCUUUGCUUUCUCUGUAAGUUCAUUAAAUGGAGAAUGUUGUCUUUUUAAGAUACUGUGGCUGAGUGCUCCUAAGCCAUCUGUUAAAUGACUUCCUGUUGUCUGUGUGUGUGUUCAUGUGUGCGCCAGUGAUGGGCUUCUUCUCAGACCCACGACUGUCUGCAGUGUCUCAGCCGUCAGAAUGAAAACAUUAUCAAUCAGUACCCAACAACAGCUGUUUUUGACAAGUUUCUGUCUGACGCCUAAUGCUUUACAACUGUCAAUAAGGCUCCUCCUUUGUCUGGCAGUUCGGAGCUCGCCGUCUUGCUGCUUCCGUGUGGCAUCCUGUCCUUGUAACCCUAGAAUUUGCCAUGUUUUGGAAAUCCACAAGAGGGGGAGGGGAGGGGGCUGGGACGGGCAUGUGUGGGUGGGUGGUGGGUGUGCAUAUGUGUCGUGUUCCUACUUCAUGUAAAGUGCCACAGGUGGCUUAGUUUGCAUAUUCAAAUAUUAUAGAGGAAAAACAGUCUGUUAUGUAUUUCUUCACUUAGCUUCUUGUUAUAUUUAUGGAAGUUACCAGUUUUUGUACCUUCUUAGCUAAAGCAGUUGCCUUUUUGUAAUGGCAAUUAAUUUAUAUGACAAAACUUUGUAUCUACUGUAGUUUACAGUAUUGGUUGCUAAUUAACUGCCAUAUUGCCCUGUCUUUCUAUUAAAAAAAAAAAAUACUGUGUCUACACUUAGAGGUUAACAGAUUCAUGUGGACAGUUGCCAGGCAGGAAGAACUCGUAUUGUCCGUGAUUUAUAUAUGAUUUCCACUGUCUUCAAAUGAAAAUAAACGCUGAGUAGAAUUGA